AUAUCAGGCAUGGAGGUGAGCAAUGAGCAAGCGCACAUAUCCGCGUCAGAAGGGCGUAAUGUCGUCAGCUGCGCAUGUUCUGACAUUGCUGCCUGGCUUGCUUCUGCCGCACGAGAACUUCACCACAGUCUAGUACCACCUGUGGAUCUUGUACUACACGCUUAUAAAGAAGAUUUAAAUAAUGUUGAAAUGCUGUUGGGCGAACCCAUCCAACAGGCGAUAGCAUCCGAAAGCGGGAUCGAUUUGGUAUUCGAUUCUUUAAUUGAUAUUAUUACAGAGAGCGAAGAUCUUUCGAAGAAAAUAUCAUCAUUGCGUGACGUUAGCAUCAAAGCCGGUUCAUUAGCAUCUGCAGCGUCAGAUAGGAUCAAGGACUUGGCCAAACAGAUAGAGAGCUUGAAGAAACAAUGCACCAUAAAGGAUCUACCGCUGUGUGACACUGUAAAUACACACUCUAUGGAAAUGAAGAUGAAGUUUGAUUUGAUACUUCACGAACAACAACUACUAGAGCUUCGCACUCUCGGAGUAGAUAACUUGACCCGAGCGAUAGCUACGGCCAGGAAGGAGUUCAGAGUCCUACCUUCUGCAAUAGCAACUCAAACUGCUAGCGUGCGUGAAGAUAUUCUAAAAGAUAUAGAAAGAAGAAGGCAAAUGGUACACGUUUCCGCCAAAAUCUUGACUGACAUAGUCCGCCAUCUUACUUCGGGACUCCGCGUGUUGUCAAGACAACUGGAAAUAGGACUUAAAAGGAUUCAAAUAUACGAAUUUGGCAGAUGGAUUAUGAUGUUGGCUUGCAUAGCGUUGUUUGGCUUAGUCAUGUUACUUAUCCUACUAGCAAUGCUGUGUGGCUGCGGCAAUGCUAAAACCCACGGAAAAAGGACGUUACAAGUAUCGGCUUUAUGGCUUUGUUUUACAUCCUUGAUAUUAUGGGGGAUGGUAUCCUCUAUAUUUCUUAUUUCGGGACAUGCGGAAGUAUACGUAUGCCACGCAUUAUGGGACAGCCCGCAAUAUAACACCCUCGUAGCCCUCUUAGACCGACCAUCACCACUGCUCGUAGACAAUCAGGGCAUAUUCGACGCUAUAUUCCAAGAAAUGGACAACGUGACGAUCGACGUGUCUGUCAAAACAGUUCUAAGAGAUUGCGAGAGAGACAGGCCGGCUUACGUCGUGUUUCAACUGGACAAAGUGUUUGAUGUCAACAAAGAGACAUCUUAUUUCGAAUGGGGUGAGCUACAGGCGGAUUUGGGAAGACUUGCAUCUGUAUUAGAUGUGGGAAUGCUGAAGACGAUAUCAGUUAACUUCAGUAAGUUACUGAACCAAAUGCUUUUGGUAUCAGAUGUGAAUUUGGCGAAAUAUAGAAUGGAUUACAACGUGCCCGUUGUCGGAAAGGAUCUCCCAUCAUUAGUGGAUCAACUUCAAAAUGUUGCGGCUCAACUAUCAGACCUAACAACUGCGGGUCGUCUAGAAACACUGGCAUCAAGAACCCAAAGAUUGUAUCUUACGAACAUUAAGCCAUUGGAGCAAUUGCGAGCUGACGUGGUAUUCAAGUUAACAGAAUUGGAGCUACAGCUGAUGCCUUUCAGAAGGAAACUAAACAUUUCUUUAAGUCAUAUACAUACAGCGCAGUUUUAUAUUGAUAACCAAGGAGAUGUAAUCGCUCAAAAGAAAGUGUCAACAUACGUCCGUUUAAUAUCUCACGCGGCCGGCUGGCGGACCCACGUGUUAGUGUCAGCUGGGAAGCACGCCGCGAGAUGCAGGCCUUUGUUCGCCGUGUACGCGGCGAUACGGUCGCUGCUUUGCGGCAAUUACGUCGCUUCGUUGCAUGGUUGGUGGUUCUGUGGUGUUAUUCUCGGUCUUCUGUGGUGCACAAUGCUGACUCCUCUCUGCGUGAAACUGUGGCGUUCUUAUGGGAGGAAGAUCAGAGCUCAUGAAGCUAUGACUCUUGCCAACUUGACGGGCCAUCAAGAGACCCCCACGACAGCUUUAUGCGAUGGCAGUAAUUGGAAUACACCUGG